AUGGCCUUGACAUGGAGAAUUAUUUCCCUUCAAGAAGUCACCAUCAAUGUCCCAGUUCCUCCAGGUACAAAAUCAAGAUUCUUGGUUGCUGACAUCAAGAAUACUUCCCUCAAAGUUGGACUAAAGGGCCAACCACUAAUCAUAGAUGGUGAACUUUUCAAGGCAGUGAAAGGUGAUGACUAUGUGUGCUAUUGGAGUUUAGAAGAUCAGAAUGAAGUUUCAAUUCUUUUUACUAAGCAAAACAAAUGUGAUUGGUGGAAGAGCUUGUUCAAAGGCGGACCAGAGAUUGUUUCACAUUCGUAUGAGAGAUUAGAGCUAUUGUUGGAGUUUUUGGAUUUCUUGGGGCUUUAUUGUUUGGUCAAUGCUUAA